AUGUUGAAAAACGGUUCUUUUCUGAGAUUGUUCUUCUGCUAUACCAUCCUGUUAUGCUAUUCUCUCAGUUUUGCAAAAGGAAAAAAGGAUCACAUCAUAUUGAUCUUGACUGAUGAUCAAGAUGUUGUACUGGAAUCGAUGAAAGCAAUGCCUCAUACAUCGCGUAUCCUUGGUAAGCAAGGAGCAGAAUUUACCAAUGCUUUUGUAACUACGCCAGUCUGCUGCCCAUCGCGUUCCUCCAUAUUAACUGGAAUGUAUGUCCAUAAUCAUCAUACUAAAACCAAUAAUGCUAACUGUAGCUCUCCAGCUUGGCGUCAUGGACCAGAACGAUUAACUUUUGCAAAGUAUCUACAAGAUGCAGGCUAUAUCACCGGCUUUUUUGGUAAAUACUUGAACGAAUAUGAUGGUAGCUACAUUCCAGUAGGUUGGGACCACUGGAUUGGUCAAGUCAAAAAUUCAAGAUACUAUAAUUAUACCUUGAAUCGCAACGGAAAAUUAGUAAAACAUGGUAACAGGUGCCAACAAGAUUAUUUUACCGAUUUAAUUGUGCGAGAAAGCAUCAGAUUUUUAAAGAAAACUACCGAGAAAUACCCCAAGAAACCAAUUCUAAUGGUAUUAAGUAUGCCAGCACCGCAUGGAACUGAAGAUUCCGCUCCACAAUAUCAGAAUCGAUAUGCACGGGCUAAAGUUCCAAGGACUCCGAAUUAUAAUUAUCAUUCAUUCGACAAACAUUGGAUUGUACGUAUUGCUCCACCAAUGUCAUCGGUUAAAAUGAACUUUACAGAUCUUCUAUAUCGUAAAAGACUGCAAACGCUUCUUUCUGUUGAUGAUGCUGUGGAAAAAUUAUAUCGCUCAAUACGUAAGCUUGACCUGAAAGAGAAAACUUACCUAUUCUUCACUUCGGAUCAUGGCUAUCAUCUUGGACAUUUCUCUAUAGUCAAAGGAAAAUCCAUGCCCUAUGAGACGGAUAUUAGAGUUCCUUUCCUUGUUCGUGGCCCUAUGAUUCCAAAAAAUGUUAAGGUGGGAGAAAUUGUUUCCAAUAUCGAUUUAGCACCAACAUUUCUAGAUAUUGCUGGAGUACCGAUUCCAUCUCAAAUGGAUGGAGUAUCUAUUAUGCAGUUAUUUAGAAUUUCCAGAUGGAAGUGGUCUGGAAAGUUUCCCAUUACAACAUGGAGGGACACAAUUCUGAUAGAACGAGGAGGUAAACAGAAAUUUGUUUGUGUCCGAGACAAUCAGUGUAUGAAAGUAAAGAAAUGUUCUAAUGGUAAAAAGACUAAUAAAGAUCCUAUUUGCAUAUGUGACAAGCAAUUUCUUGAUGCCAUCAUUAACAAGCUUCAAGAUCAGCAAGAAUCAGUCAGGAAAGAGAGAAGUAUAGCCGAAAGAUAUCGGCGUCAAAUAACAUCGCCUUCGCGUCGAUCACAAGACUCAACGAGUUGGAGGCUUAGCUUCUUAAACAUGCUAGCAGAUUAUAAUAAAGCAGUUAAAAGACUAAACGAUAUCCAUCGACGCUUGCGAUUGAUGUUAUCCAUAAAUAAAAAUUCAUUAAAUUACCUAAAACCAACUAUUAAUGGAUGCUUAUGUGAGCACGAGAUAGAUCACGCGAAUAAAUUAGCCACUGAUGCAGUUACUAAGGAUAUUUCUGCCAGUGGACCUAAUGAAGAUGGCGAUAGUGCUCUAAUGACUAAUAGAUCUGACGGCUACUCUGGUAAAUCAUCUUGUUCUCGCCCACCAUUAACUUGUUUCUACCAAACAAAAGAUCAUUGGAAGACACCUCCAUAUUAUACAGGCAAUCCAUUUUGCGCUUGCGGCAACGUCAACAAUAAUACAUACUGGUGUGUUAGAACCAUAAAUAAUACUCAUAAUUUUCUCUAUUGCGAGUUCGUAACCAAAUUCGUCGAAUAUUUUGAUCUAACCAAGGACCCGUAUCAGGUAAAUCAUAUUUACUACCUAAUUUGUAGCUAUAAAUAA